ACCAAAUGGCGAGAACUAAGCAGACAGCCCGGAAGUCUACCGGCGGGAAAGCUCCCCGCAAGCAGCUGGCCACCAAAGCUGCACGCAAGAGUGCCCCGGCCACCGGCGGAGUCAAGAAGCCUCACCGCUACAGGCCCGGCACUGUGGCUCUCCGAGAGAUCCGACGUUACCAGAAAUCCACCGAGCUGCUCAUCCGAAAGCUGCCCUUCCAGCGCCUCGUCCGCGAGAUCGCCCAGGACUUCAAGACCGACCUGCGCUUCCAGAGCUCGGCUGUCAUGGCUCUGCAGGAGGCCAGCGAGGCUUAUCUCGUAGGACUCUUCGAGGACACAAACCUCUGUGCCAUCCAUGCCAAGAGGGUCACCAUCAUGCCCAAAGACAUCCAGCUGGCCCGCAGGAUCCGAGGAGAGAGGGCAUAAGAGACCACAUCAUCCCAUUACACAACACAAAGGCUCUUUUCAGAGCCACCACAUUAUCCCUAUAA